AUGAAUGCAGAAACAUUAUCAACAACACCGGGCAUGCCGCCUCCGGAAGGGGAAACUUCACAUUUCCAUGCGCCGUACAACUCGUUGCAGAUUGGGACGAUUCUUUCGUUUGGUAUUACAUAUUUCCUUGCUACUUCUUUUGUUGUCCUUCGAUAUUUCCAGGCUUUUAAGUUGACUAAGAAGAUUGAACCAGAUCUUGUGGCUAUAACAUUUUCUUAUGGUGUGGCAUUGGUUUACUUUGUGACAAUGGUCAACUUGAUGAAAUACGGAUGGGGAAAGCAUUUAUGGAACGUUUCUUUGGCAGAUCUAAUCCUGUUUAAUAAGGCACUCCUCCCCAAUACCCUGGCAUACCUAAUAUGCCCUUGUAUCACCAAGAUGGCGAUCUUGUCUGUCUUGUAUCGCAUCAACCCGUCAUACGUCUACCGGUCUUUUGUCAUUCUAGUCGCAGCUGCGAUCUUCACAUACACGUUGACAUUGUGCAUCAUCACCGGCGGGCCAUGUAAUCCACUGAAAACAGGAACGACAAAGUGUCUGGAAAAUGUCGCUUUGUCGCAGGCAGUACUAAAUAUCGCUUCUGACUUUGCAGUCGUGGCCUUACCCAUUCCCAUGCUUCAUAAUCUCCAAUCCUCUAUCAAACAAAAAGUGACCGUUGGCUGCCUUCUGGCUUUGGGAUCAGGAGUUGUUAUCUGCUCUAUAGCCCGCCUACCAUACGUUCUUCUGUUGGACCAAACUGAGGAUGUAACUUACACAGAAGCUAUCCUUGGCAUAUGGUCCAUUGUCGAAGUCAAUCUCGGCAUAAUUUGCGCCUGUGCUAUGCGAUUCAAACAGCUUAUCACCACAUAUUUGCCAGGACUAUCGUUCUUCUCAUCAGGCCGCCACAGCGCUAAGCCGACAACAUAUAAAACGGACGGCAGCGCAUUCCAGCCCAAAGACAGCAAGACCCAACAUUCGUACCAGCUCCACAGUAUCCGAAAUGGGACCAGUGAUCUCCUUUCUGGUAUCCAAGGUAUUUCUGUCGAUCACUCAUAUCAAGUUGAUGUAGAGGGACCUGAUAUGGACGCUAAAGAUUGUGAAAGCACACGUGGGAUUUUGCAUUGA